AUGUACCCACCCAGUGAAAAAUCUGAAUUAGGAGAGGCUGUUGCAACAGAGAGCAACGACCAAGAAAUAAAAAACUGCGAGCAGGAAGGCAGCACUUCCAGCAACGGGGACAGCUCAGUUAAAGCAGAAGAAAACCCUCAACUGCUUGAAGGAGAGCAAGGGAAAGAAAAGGAUAUUAGCUAUGAGAAUCCAAGACUGAAAACUGGCAAUGUUGACUACAGCAAUGGAGAACCAGCAGCACUGAAAAGGGAAAAUGCCAGGAGUGUCACUGAUCAACAGACUAUUGAGAAGACAAAUAAUAAUCACAAGCCAGUACCUGAUUCACGGUCUGGAGAAUCAGACUUAAACAAAUGUGGCUUGAGAAUGACCAAAAAACUGUUGAGGGAUCUCUGCAAACAACACAAGUUAUAUGUGACUCCAAGCUUGAAUGACACCCUCUAUCUCCAUUACAAAGGAUUUGAUCGUUUGGAGAACUUGGAAGAAUAUACAGGCUUAAGGUGCCUGUGGCUCGAGUGCAAUGGCCUGACGAAGAUUGAGAACCUGACCGCGCAGACAGACCUACGUUGCCUUUACCUGCAACUCAAUUUGAUUCACAAAAUUGAGAACCUUGAACCUUUGCAGAAACUGGACUCUCUCAACCUCAGCAACAAUUAUGUAAAGACCAUUGAGAAUCUCUCUUGUUUGAAAGUUCUCCACACUCUCCAGAUUGCUCACAAUUUGUUACGAACAGUGGAAGACAUACAGCACUUGCAAGAAUGCCCGAGUAUCAGCGUCCUCGAUCUUUCUCACAAUAAGCUAGACGAUCCACAUAUUAUAGAAGUCCUGGAAACCAUGCCUGAUUUGCGUGUGUUGAACCUAAUGGGGAAUGAAGUCAUUAGGAAAAUAACUAACUAUAGGAGGACCCUUACUAUCCGAUUAAAACAACUGACUUAUUUGGAUGACAGACCGGUUUUCCCAAAGGAGAGAGCCUGCGCAGAAGCCUGGGCUGCAGGAGGACGGGAUGCUGAAAAGAAAGAAAAGGAAACGUGGGAAUCGAAAGAAAGGAAGAAGAUACAAGACAGCAUGGAUGCUCUCACUGCAGUCCGAGAAAAAGCCAAAGAGAGGAAAAAACAGAAGGAAAUGAAAGAAAGGGACAGCGGCUCAGUCGAUGAAGAGAUGAUCCCAUCUUCAAGCAACGAUGCCGUGGCCGAAAAUGGGACGGAGACAUCAGAUGUUUUGGAACCACUGCAGACAAAGCAGAAGAUUGAGAAAUUUGUGAAAGACACUUUUGGCGCCCACAAAGAAGCUAUAGCUGCAGAGGAAAUCUUGGGUGAUCAGUCGAGGAGAUCAGAGAAUAAUCCACAUGAGCAGGAAGCACAGGAAGCGGAAUUGAAGGUGGCUCCUGGCUUUACAGCUACUGAAAAAGAAACCGUUUAUAGAUUUUCUACCGAAGGGCCACUGCGAACUGAGUGCACUGACCUGACAGAUAUUGAACACAUCACGUUGGACGUGCCAGAAAAACUUUUCCUUGAUGAACUUCCUGACUUAGAAGAUAUAGAUACUCCCGGCGAAGAGUCACUGAAGGAAGAUAUCUUCACCAAAAAGCAAAUAUCUCCACCCAAAAUUGAAGUGAUUUCUGAAACCAGCCAUGACAGAAGCUGUACUGAGGGAACCAUUGCCACUUCUGACAAUUCACUAACAUCGGAAGUCUUAAACUCCAUUUUUUCACAAGUUUCUAAAGUACCUGAAGUCAAAGAAACCAUUAGGCCGAUUGUCCAAGAUCUUCUAGCACCACAAGAGAAAACUGAGGAGCACCAAGCAAAACCUCUAGGACCUUUAAUUGAAGACAUCACUCCUGAAUCUCCAGAGCCUUCACAGCGUGAUCGAGAUGGACUAAUUCCAGAUGCUACCAAAAACAUAGAGAUUCAGUCCAGAUCACCUUGCCUAGAUGCAGAGCGGCCAGUAGUAGAAGCGGACAAAGAUGCUGAGCAGGCGUUGGACUGA